AUGCACCUGUUCUUUACAUGUUAUUCACUGGUCUUCAAAACUGUUCUCGUAGAUUGGUGCUACCAGUCUGAAUUCACAUGCAGUCACGCCUGCACAGGUCCACAAGUAUGGGAAGGUGUUUCACACCACUGCGGCGGCCGAUUUCAGUCUCCAAUUAACAUUGUUACAAAGAAAAUUCAACUAGAUGAACGUCUCACUCCUUUCCACUUCUCUGGCUAUCAGGACACUUUUCACGGUCGCCUCUUAAACAAUGGUCACAGUGUUCAACUGGAUUUGCCAUCCAGUAUGAGGAUUGAAGAAGGAAAUCUGUCUGCACAAUACAAGACACUCCAACUACACCUGCACUGGGGCAAAGAUGGAGGACCGGGGUCUGAACACAUGAUUGAUGGAGAACGAUUUCCAAUGGAGAUGCACAUUGUCCACAUCAAAGAAGGAUACAACUCUUUAUCCGAGGCUGUAAGAGACCGCACAGGCGUGGCUGUUCUUGGAUUUUUCUUUCAGGAGUCCAAGUCUGCAAACAAAAAAUUUGAUCCCCUUAUAAAUGCUCUGAAAUAUAUCACACAACCCAGCAACAGCACGACACUGAGGGGUGUGUCCCUUGAAAUGCUCAUUCCACAUCAGGAGAAUAUGACCAAGUACUUUCGCUACAGUGGCUCCCUCACAACACCGAACUGUUCUGAGGCGGUCGUCUGGAGCCUGUUUGAAAACCCCAUUCCUCUCAGCAGGAAACAGCUCACUGCAUUCUCCCAACUUCUGUUUUCUGAUGGAAAGCCGAUGGUAAAAACCUACAGACCGCUUCAGCCAGUGAACGGACGGCAGGUGUAUUACUCCGCUGGCCAUGUUGCUCUGGUCAGCACUGCGUUGCCCCUCAUGUCAGUGCUGGUGUCCAGUGGACUCUGCCUGCACACUACAGGAUGAAAGCUAUUCUUAAACGUUAUCUUUAUGAAUUAUACUGCUGUCUAUGUUCACUGGUGAUUGUCAGAUACAUGAAAAAAGGGAAUGAUGUAUGUCUCAAUCUACUGUUUCCACUUCUAUGCUGUCAAGUAUAAGAUGUAUAUUAAGUUGUAGAUUUUUCCUCUUAUCUCAUGAACUAUGUCUUUUUUUCGCACUGACUGCACUGAAGUUCACUGAUGACACUCAUUUUUACUACUGAAUGGAAAGUUACCAUGAAGGAUGACUGAAUUAACAGACUCAGGGACUAUUAUUUGAUAUUGUUAUGAUCUGUUUUGAUAUGAUAUCAUGAUGCUUAUGCUUACUGAAGUGUUUCAUUCCUGAUCUGCAGAAAUUUGAACUCUGCACUGUUCUUCGCUGGGAAUUCAGCCUUUCGCCAUCCAACUUAAGAUAUGUUCAAAUGUACCUGUUUAAUUGUACCUUUCAUGGGUUAUUCCAUUUCAACAUUUCCAUAAAAUGUGACAGAUCACAUUCACAUUGCAUGACCUCAAUCUGACUCAAUCUAUGCUAAAAUAUGAUCUUUUCCAAACCAUAACCAAGUGGUUUGUAAGCCUAAAUCUAACCAGAGCAUAACCACAGCAUUGUGA